GCAACAUCUGUCUCAUACCAAAAGUUACUAGCUUUAACCUUUAACAACUGUAUUUCUUAAAGAGUUUCUACCCCUAUCCAUCUGAACUCUAUCUGUUUUUAUGGAUCAUAUUUCAGGUAUACAUCCCUUUCUACUAACCUUUUUGCUUAAUAUGUGGUCCCCCUCAUCAGAUGAUCGCGAUUUGCCAAGUGUUGGCUCCUUAGCCGACGCGCCGCCGUCCGCAUGGCAUGCCGCCGAAAAUGCGUCAUCGUCGGGUUUUGAACUGCACUCGAUUGAUUGCUUGUCUGUGUGGGCGGGAACACGGACAGCAGUAGCAGAGGUACUAGGAGGAGGAGGGGGAGGAAUGGGGGGAGGAGGAGGGGGUCACAUGCCUGCGGGGGAGAUCGCGAUCAUGGGCAAUCAUCAUGGGAGAAGUAGGCCUGGCGUGGAGCCAAGUUAUGGCCCGCCGGACAGCGGAAGACGGGACAGCCGCCAUUGGGACGACGGACAGGAGGCAAUCUGUGAGUCGGGACCCGGAUUGGAUGCCCUGUGCGAAGCCUUCCCGCACGUGUCGUUGCGUGAGAUCAAGCUGGCGUUUUCCCGCGCGAAAGGGGAUGCGAAUUUGGCGGGAGAAUUGUUGUCAUCGUCGAGUGGAGGAGGAGGCGAGCAGGAGGAGGAGGAGGAGGAGGACGAGGAGGGGGAGGAGGAGAACCUGAUGAGGAGGGGGCGCCUUAGCGUGGAAGCGUCACGAGCGGGGCUGCGGCGGUGCUCGUCGGAGAUGGGCGAGCAGUGCUGUUCGCGGCAUCCGAUGACCUCGGCGGCGACGGCGGGAGGGGGUGGGGAUUGCUCCCCCUGCCGUGCCCUCCAGGAGCCCUCGUCUCCGCCGUUGACGACAGCCGCGGGCUGGGGUGCUGCUGGUUAUGACUCCGCCUCACCACCGUCGUCGGGCAGGAUGAGGUCAGGCGGAGGAGGGGGGCAUUAUGCUGGUAAUUCUAGUCGCGGACGACUCGACGGAGGAGGCCAGGGAGAGGGCAGCGCGUUCAGGGGCGGUGUCGGGAUCGGGACGGGGAUCGGAAUCGAGGUUGGCGUUGGCGGGGAUCGACGUGGUGCCGGCGCGCAAGCCAGAGACCGGGGCAAUAACGGAGGGGAAGGUCAAAUGAUGAUGCUGUUUCGGGGCAGGGAGGACGUGGAAAUGUCGCGUGGAGGGGGAAUUAGAUCGGGACAGGGGCUUGGGGCAGCAGCGGAUGGGAGUGUUGGCCGGGGGAAGGCGGGGCGGAGGAGGAAGAAAAGACCGGGAAAGCAAAAGGAUGGGGUGGGGGUGGCGGGAGGGUGGGGGGGGGAUGGAUCUAGCAGCCCAGGCCUCCGAGCAGGAACAGCAGCAUGUGCCGGAGGAGGAGGAGGAGGAGGAGGAGGAGGAGGAGGAGGUGCGGAUGGGACGUGCACCGGGGCGGGGAUCGGGAUGGAUGGGGUAGUGUCUCCUCCGAGAUCGAAUGCGCAAAGGACGAAAGCGUCAGCUUUGACGUAUACGGGGAGAGAGAGAAGGGAGAGUGAGAGUGCUGAGACGUACACGAGGGAGGAGGAUGUCCCCCGCGGAAGGGUGGGAGUUUGUGAUAGGCCGAGCACUGUCAGGACCGAGGCAGAUGGCGACCUCGAGUCGAAGCGAAAAAAUGCAGAGAACUUCAUGUAUUGCAUGCUUGGGGAUGGCGCCGACAUCAGCCUCGGGAUUGUCAGUGAUGUGCUCGGUCAUUUCAAGGGAGAUCCAGAGAAGAGUGUGGAUACACUGCUAAACAUUAUGGCCUUUAAUGAAUGCGAGAACGACGACCGAUCCAUCAUUGCAAGGGUCGAUCGGAGAGACGAAGCAGCAGUGGCAUCUUCAAACCAAACGGCAGAGGAGAUGAGAUUUUCUGUCGAGGUCCCACACCAGCGGAGUGAUAACUCGACGGCGGAGGAAAGUACACUGAAGUUCCUAAUGGAUGCGUUUCCUGACAUAGAUCAAACUAUCAUUGAGUUUGUGUUGCAGGAAAAUAGAGGUGACAGUCUACAGGAGGUUGGGGAGGCUCUCUUAAGACGACAGCGUGAUGGAGACGAAGCAAGACGUUCACAACAUUCCAUGUUGAAUGACAUGAAUGGAGACGGCGAUGUUUCGAGAUAUGGAGGUGCUUUUUGUAUUCCUAGUGGUCUGAGAGAUCACAGGAUCCCCAUGCUGACCAAUGAUGCGGACAACACGAGAUCCACAGUGUGGAAGGACAACUUUGAGAAACUUAAGAAGUCCUUUCCUCAAGCUGAGGAUGACCAGCUGUGGGAGAUUCUCUCUGUCUCUGAAGGCUCCUACAGGGAUGCAGUUACUUUACUAAAAGACUCUGGACUUCAGGAAUCACAGAGUCCCUCCUGUGUCACACAAGAACUAUGGCCACUUCAAGGCAACUGGACAAGGACAUCGCUGCCUCCGUCACGGAGUGCCGAACCCUUCCCAGUCGUCAAAUCCUCGCCUUUGAGGUCUCCGGUGAAGGGUUCUGGGGCCAAUGUAAAGGGAGCAAAAUGUGAUCCAGGUUCAGGUCUUGGGGCAGCUGGAGGUGGAGGAGGAGGUGAAAAAGAAGGAAGGGGAGGAGCAAGAGGUGUAACGACACCUGAACAUAAUGUCCUGCAGGAGCUUGCAAAAUUGCAGGGAAACAGUGGUAGGGAUGACCACCGGCUUCGGCGAGAGAAAACAGAGAAACACUUUGAGCUAAUGAGGUACUACUACAAGGAGGCAGCAGCUGCUUACACUAGAGGAGAUUUUACACGCGCAGCUGCACUCUCUGAGAAGGGUAAAGCGUCUAAGGCGAUAGCCAUGAAGGAGCGCCAUCAGGCGAGUGCAAACAUAUUUGUUGAAAGGAACAAAGGCAUCCGAAAUAACAUAACCAUUGAUUUGCAUGAACAACUUGUCGAUGAUGCCCUACAUUAUUUGGAGCUUCAUAUCAAGCUACUUUCAUCCAUUCCAUCCGUGAAGUCGUUGACAGUCAUUACGGGAUAUGGUAAACAUAGUGAGGGUGGGAAGGCAAAGAUUAGGCCAGCGGUCAUUGAGUAUCUUCAAAACCAAGGCCUCAAAUGGAUUGAAAUUAACCCCGGUUGUCUAGCGGUAAUGAUGGCUGUGGCAUGAAACAACAACCAGCAUGUCUAUCUUCAUUUACCUGCUGGUGGCUUCUGGUGUUUGCAACCCCCUCUCUCUCCACCUCCCCCCCGCCUGUUUAAUUUCUGUGUUUUGCUUUCCACUGCAAAGGUAGCGGUAAGUGAAAUCCCUGUAAACAAAAAGAAAGUUCAAUCUGGAAGGCAGAACCACUACUUAUGUGUGAUUUUCUGUGGAAGAAUUUGAGAUAUUUUGGCAAAAAGCCGUAAUGUAUACUUAACACCCAGCUGUCAUAUCAAAUGAUAAUGAUGAUGAUAAUGAUGAUGACAAUGAUGACAAUGAUGAUGAUGAUGAUGAUGACGAUGAUGAUGAUGAUGAUGAUGAUGAUGAUGAUGUCUGGAUGAGGGUUUCUAUGAAAUGUAUGUUGUUGCUUGAAAAGACGUAGUGUUAUGAUAAGGGUUGGAAGGUCUGAUGCUCGUGUUUUUUUUUUUUUUUUUUUUUUUUUUUUUUGAGGGCGGAUCUGGUGAUGAAAGGCAUGGUAUUUACAUAGUAUCAAGGUAUGUCAGGUAUGAUGCUCUUGUAAAAUAUGUUAUGUUGAAUAUGUUCCCAUUAAAAAAAAAAAAUUAAUGGGUUGUCGUUCUUCAAAUCAAAGGCAUACGGUUAU